UGGGCACGGAGCUCCGCCCGGCUCCGCGGGGACAGCCCCGGCCAGCGCCCGCCUCCUGCGCCUCCGCCUCCGCCGCCCGUGCCAGGUCAGCUCCGGCGGCGCCUCGCCCAGCAGCCGCGCGCCCCGCCGGCUCCGGCUCCAGCUGCAGCGGAGGGGCCCCUCCGGCCCGGGUCGGCAAGAUGGCGGGAUCGGUGGCCCAGCGGGACGCGGCGGGGAAAAUCGAAGAUGGGCAUUUAAACAACUCGCUGGGCUCUCCGGUGCAGGCGGAAGUGUAUUUCCCACGGCUGAUUGUCCCAUUUUGUGGACACAUCAAAGGAGGAAUGAGGCCGGGCAAGAAGGUUUUGGUGAUGGGCAUCGUGGAUCUCAACCCGGAGAGUUUUGACAUCAGCCUCACGUGUGGAGACUCGGAAGAUCCCCCCGCAGACGUUGCCAUCGAACUGAAAGCCAUAUUCCCGGACAGACAGUUCCUCAGGAAUUCGUGUGUAUCCGGCGAAUGGGGAGAAGAACAGUCGUCUCUUCCUUACUUCCCAUUUAUCCCAGAUCAGCCCUUCAAGGUUGAAAUACUUUGUGAGCACCCUCGUUUUAGGAUAUUCGUGGAUGGACACCAGCUUUUUGAUUUUUAUCAUCGUAUCGAGAAAUUGUCAGCUAUUGACACGAUAAAGAUAAAUGGAGAUCUACAGCUUACUAAACUGGGUUGACCUUGGUUCUUUUUCCAUUAAAGGAAAAAAUAGGAAGAAAAAAAGAUUAAAACCAAAUUUUUAAGACUCCAAAUGGGCUCAGGUGCUAUCAACACCUGUCUUAAGGAGUAGUGCCAACGCUACCUGGACACGUCUCUGAUAGUCAGGCAUCACAGGUUCAUUCCUAUGAGCAGCAAAGAAUAUUGUUGAUGAACCGACGUACUCCUUAUCCUGAUGAAGAGAGAGAUGAAUGGUGGACAGAUGCUGAGCCUCCCCCACCCCAUCUUCUUUGGAACUUAAAAAAAAAGCCUACCCCUGCUGGAUAAUCAAAUUAUAAUGGAUGCUGGAAGAGUUAUGUCAUUGUCUAAACUGCAAAAGUUCCCCCUUAAAGGGCAGUUUAAAGUACUUAAACCUAUUACUGAACAGCAAGGAAAGAAAAAAAAAGUUUUCUUUUGCAAAUACUACUCCUGCACUUAGGUGAAUUAGUGUAAGUGUAACACAAAUCACACGAAAGGGCCAAAUACUGAAGUUGUUAUUCAGGUCAUAAAAAUAGAGUCAUUAAAACCAAGGGCAAAAAAUCCCACGGACUUCAAAACCAUAUGAUCAGCUGGACAAACUGGUUGCAAUCCAGUAUGUAGUUCGGGAGAUGCAAAUCUCUUUGCAUCAAGGGGAUUUGAGUAUGCUUAACUGUGCACUGAAUUGCAGGCAGUUUCUUGUUUUGUCUUGGAGAGGGAGCAGCGGCCUUCUAGAAACUGAGUGACUGCUUCUGGAUUUGGCCUGAUUAUUUUAGUCAGGGUAUUUGCAUAGAAUGUAGGUCAUUCAUGUUUUUGCACAAUGUAAUAUUAAUACAGUUUUUUAAAGCUUUCUUCUAGUUUAUUUAUUGAUAUUCGUUGUGUCAAUGUGUUCACCGAACAUUGUGGCAGGACAUUUAAGAGCAGCAAAGUAUAAUCUUCAUGAAUGUACAAAUGUUGAAUGGGUAAAUGUUAACAUAUUGUCCUCUCCGUCUUUGGAAAGCUGGUGGCGUUCCUAGGGUGCCGCCACAGUUCACAAAAGUUGGGCCUCUUGAUGUCUUCACCCCGAAAUGGUUUUCAGUUGUAGUAACUCUGCUCUAAAUGGUCUGUCAGAGCUAAUGGAUGUUUAGGGCACCCCCCCCCCCCGCCCUCCAUAAAUAGGAACUGCUAGGUUUAGUGGUUCCCUUGAGAAUAUAGUUAUAUUCUUUCUUUUAUUUGUAGACAACCAGCCUUUUAGGCUACUGUCCUUGCUGAAAUUCUCAGUACCAUCAAGGGCAAACAUUUGGCCUUUUAAAUCAUCCUACUUAAUAAUGUAGGAAAAUGCAAAAUGUUCCCACAAAGAAUAGUUGUCAAUGGUUGUAAUUCUGUUAUCACUGUAAUUAUUACACAAGGAAUGGCUUUUCAUAGGUUGUGUAAGAACCAGUCCCGUUUAUAUCCUUCGGACAGUGUUUCAUGGUGGGUUGUAACAGAAUUUGUCUGGAUAUUAUAGUCUAAGGGAUCAACAUGUAUUUGUGUUAUUUUUAAACCUUGUAUUAUAGUGAUUUUUUAAAAUCUUCCUCUUUAAUAUUAGAACUUCUAACUCCAGGGUUUUUUCCCCCUUAGUAAUUCUGGGUUUAGUUGAACAGUCCAUUAACCUGUAAUUCAUUGAGUGAGGUGCUAGGUGAUUUUUUUAAAAAAUUUCAUGUAGGACCUCUGUCAAAUAAGGGUUGGAUCUUUUAGGGCCCAACCUCCCCAAUGAACUUGUGUGCAGCCUACCGAGAGAAGCCUGUUCUCUUCUACGGUAGGGCCAGAGUGCCAUUUCCUGCAGUUUUGCGCUCUCAGAACUAUCUAGUUUGAGGUAAGAUGUCGUCAUCAUCAAUAUCUGCCUCCUUCAACUACUGAUGCUGGUAGCAUUGCCCAAGAUGUUUGGGGGCCCAAUACCACAGAAAGUAGGCAGGGCUUUCAAGACAUUACAGUGAUCAUAGUAAAGAGUCCAGUAGCACCUUUAAGACUAACCAACUUUAUUGUAGCAAAAGCUUUCGAGAGCCACAGCUCUCUUCGUCAGAUGCAUCGUCAGCUUUCAAGAAGCACAGCUCUUCAUCAAAUGCAUCGUCAGCUUUCAAGAACCAUAGCUCUCUUCGUCCAGAUGCAAAGAUGAUGAUGCAUCUGACGAAGAGAGCUGUGGCUCUGGAAAGCUUAUGCUACAAUAAAGUUGGUUAGUCUUAAAGGUGCUACUGCGACUACAGACUAACAUGGCUUACUCCUCUGGAUACAGUGAUCAUGCCACUGGUGGUGAGCCAGCACAGAAGAAGUUGCCUAACUCAACUUUAGGGGGCAUAAACGAGAGUAAAACGGCUCCCUCAAAGAUGGCCACUGGAAAAAGAAGGAUCGCCGACACAGCCAUCCUCGGCAGAGAUGCACCCUUCCAACAGUGCAGUCCAAAGCAGACUUACUCCCAUCUAAGCCCCUUGAUGUCAAUGGACUUAGACUGGAGUAUCUCUGCUUAGGAUUGUACUGUAAGUCCAAUGAAGUAGAUGUGUUUAUAAAGGUACUACUCUCUUGAUGCGGAACUAGGAGAGCUGCCAGUGGUAGGAAGAGAAGUAAGGUCUUAAAACGAGUCCUUAAAAGGGAGAAAGAAGUACUUAAAUAGUCACUUAGGAGGAGUUUAAGUCCCACCGAACCUUAAGGAUUUACUUCUCAGAAAACAUGAAUUUAGCACUACAAGACUACAAUUCUAUGAAUAUGUUCUUGGGACCAAGGCCCAUUGAAUUGAAUAGCACUUACUUCCAGGUAAACAAUAGGAUCCUGUCCUAAGUAUUCUUCUUGGAAGCAGAUCAAUGUAUUAAAAACAAUCAUAUUUAAUAACUACUAAAUGUAUAUAUUUAGUAAAUAUUGGGUUUAUAAUAAAUUAAAACAGUAUACUGCUUAUGAAUUCGUGUAAGAA